AUGGAUUUUCAAGAACAGUCAAAGACACAAACUACCACCUGUUUUAACUGUCAAAAUGAAAAUAGUAACGUUCGGAACUGUCUCUGUGCAAAUUGUAAACAUAAUAAUCGUUUAGAAGAAAAAGAAAAUGAACGAAUGCUGGUUGUAUCGGAUAUAAAUUCAAAUGAUGAAUAUUUGUAUUCAUCAUCUUCAUCGGUGAAUGAUUUGGAAUUAAUAUCAUUAGAUACUAAAACAUUAUGGCAAGAUAUUGCUCAUAUCAUUAAAUGUAUUUAUCGAGAAACUAAUAAAGAAUUCACAGAAAAUCAUUCAUACCAUGAUAUAUGCAAAGCAAAACAAUCUUUACAAAUAUUAACUCAAUCUGAUGCUGAAUCUUUAUUUAAUAAAAUGGAAGUGAUUGUAUUAGAAUAUGUUCAUGAAAUACGAAAUCAUGUAUUGAAACGUUCUCAAACAUGCUUAAAAACUUCUAAUGAUGUGCAAUUAUUUAUAUCCUAUAUUCUGGAUGAAUAUAAUACAUUUAUACAAGCAGCUAAGAAUGUUUCAACAAUUAUUUCUUAUUUAGAAGAACAAUAUAUGCAGUCUUUUCAUUUAACUUGGCUAUUGUACAAUAAACAUUUAUAUGAGAAAUUAGUCUAUAUGGAUAAAAAAAUUCAACUAUCAAUGUCAACAAUGAUUGAUUUACUUCAACCGGCAAAUGAUGUCGAUAACGAUUGUUCACCAGCUGAAUAUACACAAUUGUUAAAUCGAUUCUUAGCAUUUGAUGAAGAAAUGUCAGAAAUUGAUUGUUUAUACAAAGAUUGUCAAAUGAAAAUGAAUUCGAUUUCAAAAAGUUCUUUGAUUAAAAAGCGAAAUCAAAUGGGUAUUAUAGUUACAACAAAUAAGAAGAAAAUCUGUAAAAAAGCACAGACAAUUGAAAAUAUACCAAGAAAAUAUAAGGAAAUAUUAAACAGAUCAACAACAAAUGUUCUAAAUAGUCCCUCAUCGAAUGAUAUUCCAAUGACACAAGGAACAUUUCAACAAGAUUCUAAUAGAUCAACAAUAGAUACAGAUGAUAAAGAUGAUGAAUACAUGCUUCCAAAUGAUAGAUUAUCAUCAAGUUACACUGCGGAAAAAUUGGAUAUCUCAAUUCCAAACAAUAAUACGAUUAAUCUUGGUGAAGAAUCAUGUCACGGAAUGUUGAAUAAUGAUUUACCCAGACCCUCAGAGGAAUCAACAUUAAAUGAAAACUUAACAGCAACAAUUACAAAUGAAAAAUCUCAGAAAGAUACAGAGCAAACAUUUAAUGAAACGUCAACGAAAAAAUCUAAAUCAAAUAGAUGCUCAUUAAAUCAUCGAAAGGAAAAUUCCACAACAAUAUCAAAUAUUUCUUCUUCAUCAUUAUCAGAAAUCUCUCUGCCUUCAAAUUUAAUACUUCCGCCUAAACCACGAUCAUCAACAACAUCGAAACUUGCAGCUGACUUUCGUCCGCUAACUAUUCCCUUACUAGAUAAAGCAGAAAUACCAAAAUGUCCAUCUCUUUUAUCAGCAAAAAUUCAAUCAGUUUCAUUUACAGCUGGAACAUUUGGUUCAAUAACAGCAAAUGAAUCCACUCACUCAUCAUCACAUAACCAAAAAUACUUAAGUAUUAAUCUAUCACGUAAGCCAGGUACAGGAAGUAAACGUGAUUCAAUUCAUGCGUCGAAUAAAUUUGAUUCAAUGCUUCAUCAAACAACAUCAAAUAAUAAAAUUUCUGCAUUGUUAUCAUCAUUGGAUUCAUCAAAAACAAUCGAUGAUUUAGAAAAAUCUUCUUUCACUGAGCAAGACUAUGAUUAUUGUUGUUGUGAUUUAUUUUCGGAGUCUGAUUCUUCAGCUACAAACGGUUGUGUUGCUUGUAUGCCUUUAUCAACGAAUACAACUGUCAUGUAUAACUACAACCAACGUGAUGCCGAAAUGAAAGAAAGAUUAAAACUUAAAUUGACUAAACGUACUGUUGAAAACAAUCCAGAUCAAUCUGAAACAUCAGCUGCAAAUAAAUCAAAAAGUAAACAAUGUGAUAAUGAUAUUGAUGAUUUACUUCGAUUUAUACAUGGCAACGAAACUGUACCAGAUAAGCGAACAUCAAAAAAAAUUAGGAAGAAAAAAAAUAAACGAACUAUAAUAAAUCCAAUUCCGGAAGACAUCAAUGAUAAAGAAGAAGAUAUAUUUAAAUCAGAAAAUACUACUAAUGAUACUGUACAUAAUUUAUCAAAACGGAAACAAAAAGCUAAAUUAAAAGCUGAAAAAGAACAACAGAAACACGAAGAUGAGUCUUUAACAGCCAAACCUAUAACCAUAUCUAUAGAAGUAGCUCCUUCUAAAAACUUGGAUUCUAUUAAAACAAAUAUUGAUCCGAUAUCUUCGAGUUCCAUUCCAUUGGAACAAGAGGAAGAAGUCAAUUGGAUAACAAUAUCUCGUAAACAAAACAAACAUAAAACUAGUUCAACACCAGUUUCGUCGUCACCUGCCGCAUCAGUUGUACCAUCGAAUACUAUACAACAAAAGCAGCGAAUUAUGUCAGCUAAGACAAAAAUUACUAGUACUUCUAUUCUUACUCAAGCAAAAGUUUUACCUUCAACAGUAAAAAGUAAUAAUAAGCCACAAAAAUCGAUUACACUAGACUCGCCAAGUGCUCCUAGUCUAGUGAAAAACAAUAAUUCGCAAAAGCAACAUAAAAAACUAGAAACCUCCUCUGCUUGGACUACUGAGGAGCAACUUCAAGUUAAACCGUCAUCAACUCUUCUUGCUACAGCACCAGCUUUUGUUCCAUCUUCUUCUCUGCUAUUUCCGAGUAAAGUUGAUAAUACUCUAGUACCCUACGAGCCCUUACCAAUGUCCUAUUCGGAUGCAACUAACUAUCCUCUUUCAUCAAAUUUUGUACAGAGAUCAAGACCAUUAUUUUCACCAGCACCUGGUCCUACUAAUGCCAAAAUAUCUCGUUGCAUUCAAAGACCUUCAACUGAAACAUGUAAUAAUUCGGUUCUACUUCAUUCAUUAAUAACCGAACAUGUUGAUAAUUUCAAUUCAACAUGGACUGAUUCGCCUGUAGUGAAUUCUACUGAAUCCAAAUGGAAUUAUUCUGACAGAGAAAAAUUGCAAAUAUCAACAACAUCAAAUAAUUUUCCUCUUUAUGAUCCAUUUAAUAGUGGUGCCAAACUUAAUAUUCUACCGUCAAUGUCAUCUACAAAUGGACUUGAAAAGUAUCUAGAUGAUUUACAUAUUCCGCAGAGCAAUGACAUCGAUGAGAUGGAUGCAAUUAAUAAAGAAAUAGCAGAUUUAAAAAAAUUCUACAUUGACGAUGCUCCAAUAAAUCCCUGUGAACAAGUAUAA